AUGCAAAAUCAAUUUAAUUCUCAACACCAGCAACAGCAAUACUAUAUGUAUAUGCAACAGCACCAACAACAGCACCAACAACAGCAGCAGCAACAACAACAGAAUCCAAAUUUUUAUAACCAACAACAAUUUAAUCAAAUGAAUAAUAUGAUGGGUGGAGGUAAUUUUAAUCAACACCAACAAAAUCCAAAUUUUUAUAAUCAAAUGAUGUAUAACCAGCAGCAAAUGAAUAUGAUGGGAGGUAACCAAAAUUUAUAUAAUCAACAAAAUUUUAACCAAAUGGGUAAUUUUAAUCAGCAACAACAAUUUAACCAAAUGAAUAACGGUUUUGGUUCAUUUGUUUCACCACCUCAACAACAGCAACAACAACCACAACAGCAACAACCACAAACACCAGAAGACCCAUUACUUAAAUAUUUUCCAGAGUUAGCUAAAAAACAACAAACUUCACCUUCACCACAAGAACAACCACAAUUUUUUAAUGGUGUAUUGCAACCAACACAAACAGCAACAGCAACAGCAACAACUUCAGGUGGAAAGAGAAUACCAAACUACGAUAUUUUAAGAGAUAUGAUUGAGGAAGAUACAAAACCUGCUGAAAAAGAUUCUGUAGAAAAGAAACUUAGUGUGGAUAAAUCUCAACUUAAUAAUAACCCAACAUCAACACAACCUUUACCACAACAACCAAAUACUAAUUCUUUCGAUGGUAUGAUAAAUCAACAGCAGCAACCAAAACAACCUCAACACAUACAGCAACAAUUUCCAGGUUUUAAUAAUAUGACACCUCAUCAACAACAACAAUUUUUACAACAACACCAGCUUCAACAACAGCAAUAUUUUAAUCAACAUCAACAACAACAAGGUUUUAAUUAUCCACCAGGUCAAAAUAAUAUGCAGUAUCUUCAACAACAAUCCAAACAACCACAACAACAACAACAACCAAAUGCUAAUACUGAUGAAGAUGAUUUUGGUGACUUUGAGAGUUCAGAAGCAGAUUUUAAUGCUCCACAAAUGGCUCAACAACCACAACAACCACAACAACCACAACAACCACAAUUACAAUCACAACCACAAUUACAAUCACAACCACAACCACAACAAUAUAACUUUAAUUUUGGUUUACCAUUUAACAGUGGUAACGAAAAUCCAACAAAUAGCGGAAGCAUAGGUAAAAGUAACCAACCAGUACAUUUACAGCCACAACCAUCAUCAGUUUCAUCAAAUAACAGUGGCUCGAUUGAUAAAAGUAAUAACCCACCACCAGUUGCAGCAGCACCACCAGCACCACCACAAGAUGAUGGUCCAAUUGAUUUAGAGAAAAUGUUAAAAGAAAUUAAAAGACCAGCCGCAUUUAAUACCCCAUCACCAACGAAUACAAACAGUGGGGAUUCAUCUAAAUUUAAUUGGUCAAGUGGAAAUUAUAGAAAUAUUUUUGAAACUGUUGACAAAGAGGUAGAUUUUUUCUCUGCUCCAGAAGCCAAGGUAGUUGAACAACCUAAACCAGAUUCUGUUUCCAAACAAACAAAUCCAACUAUAUCUGUAUCAACAACAAAUGAUGAAGAUGAUGAAUUUGGUGAUUUUAAUACAACUACAACAUCAUCAUCAUUCUCACCACCCCUCCAAUCACAAAUACCUUCUCAACAACCACCACAACAACAACCACCAUCACCACUUAAACAACAACCACCACAACAACAACAACCACAACAAAAAAAACAAGAAGACGAUGAAUUUGGUGAUUUUGGUAAUACAACAGAUUUCCCAUCUUCCGGUUUUGGUGAUUUUGGUAAGCCAUCAACAACAGUUAUCAAUUUUGGUAAUCAAACUUCAAAUAAUGAAUUAAAUUUAAGUAUGCAAUUUAAUAAAGAAGCAAGUUUUGGAAGUAACAGCUCUGUAGAUAAAACAUCAUUUAAUAAUAAUAACGCCAUUCCAUCACCACCAGUUUUAAAUCAAAUAAAUACUAUUGAGUUGGUUCCAUCGAUUGGUUCAAUCACACCAUCAACCCAACCACCCUCAUUAGCUACAUCAUUAAAUAAUUCAUCAUCAUUUAUCUCACCACCAAGAAGCAACUCUCCAUUGCCAAUUAGAAACAGUAGUAAUAGCGGCUCACCAUUAAGUGGUGCUGGUAUUCUUCCUCCACCAUCAUUAUCGACAUCAACAAACAAAACCAAAUUACCACCACCAAUUAUUGUACCAUUAGUUUCAACAUCAACAACCCCAAGUAGUAUUAAAAUGCCAACAUUAAAUACUAGUUCAAAUACUUUUUCACAACCAUCAAAACCAUCACUUACCGAUUUUUCAUUUGAUGAGAUUUUACUCCCUUCAAAUACCCCAACCACCGAUAAAACUAGUACAGAGAAACCAGUAGAACCAACUUCAAAUGAUGAGUUUGAUGAAUUUCAAGAUUUUUCAACAUCAUCAAAUACUCAUAAUGAUGAGUUUGAUAAAUUUGAAUUUUCAAACAACUCUGGUAAUAAUAAUUUUAUAAAACCAACUAUUGCAAAUAUUCCACCAACAACAACAUCAACAUCAAUCAGAUCUUCAACUAAUAAUGGCGGAUUACUUGAAGAUAUCUAUAAAACAUUGAUUAGUCAAGAAAGAUUAACAGAAGCAUUAGAGUGCCAAAAACAUAUGAAAAACAGUAGUGAUCUCAGUGAAGAACAAUUAAAUCAAUUAAUAGUAAAAUAUACAGGUAGAGAAUUUAUGAACCAUUUUUAUACAAUUAGACAAAUGAUACAACUUUUAGAAUCCAAAAAUAUAUCAAAAGAUAAAAUUCAAUCAUUCUUUAACCAAUUUGAACAAAAAUCAUUAGUAUCAACUGCCAAUUUAGAUUUAUUAUUAGCAAUCGAAUUACAAAAUAAAUCAAAAAAUUUUGUUCAAAAUUUAUUAUUAAAAGAAAAAAACGAACAAGUUAAAAUGGUAUUAAGUAAUACAGAUCCAUCAUUAAUAACAACAAAUAAAGAGCCAUCAACAAAUAAAAAUAAUAGUAGUAAUAAUAACAGUAAUAGUGAUUUAAAUAGCUUUGAUUUUGGUUUUACAUUAACACCAGUCUCAAAAACAUCAAAUACAGCAACAGCAACAACAGAAGCAAAUAACCUAUUAAAUCAAUACCAAGUUGAAAUUACCUCAAUUACAUUACAGUCAUGUUUAGAUGAGUUAGAACAAUCAUUGGAAGUUUUAAAUAAUUUAAAAAAACAAAUUAAUAAUGAUCAAGAAUUAGGAAAAAGAGUUAAAGAAUCAAUUAAAUACAAGGAUUUCUUAUCAGCUAUUUCAGAGAUCUAUUCAAUAGCUUAUCAAAUUAACCAUACAUUAUCAAGCUCAUUACAAUUUAAUAGCAAUAGCCAAUCAUCGAUUGUAUUCAAAAAAAUUAAUGGUAUUUGGGAUCAAUUAGUUUCAUUCUUCCAAGAUGCUCACCAACAAUACUAUGAUGGUAUGAAAUCAUGUAAUACUACUCCUAUUUCUCAAAAUCAAAAAGCCUGUUAUAUUUGCGGUACCGCUUUGGAUAAUUUCAUUGACACUAUUACAGAGCAUAAUAAACAUUUUUAUCAUAUGAAAUGUGCAAACUUUUGGGUUAAUAUAAUUAAUACAAGUUUACCAAAUUAA